AAGUAAAAUAUGCAAGUGGGCAUUACUAAUUUCCUUGCAUAUAUACCUCAAAGAAAUGUGAUAUAAAUUAAUUGCAAGUGCAAGUGUGUGGGAUUGUAUGUAUUGUCUCUGUUAAUCAUGGAUUUCUCUGAGUUCAAUCUGUUGGAUUCUUUAGAGUUCGAGAGAAAUGAGAGAGAGGGUAUUUGGCUUUCAAUUCACCCCCAUCAGUUGAUACUCAGUGAAGAGAUGAAGGAUGAUGAUGAAGAAAUUCUUUGUCGCUGGUGUUUGGAUAAAGUGAAGGAUGCUCACUACUACAAUUGCGAAGACUGCUCUUUCUCUCUUCACGAGUCUUGUGCAGCCCAUACUUUGUCAGGUUCUAACCAUAAUUGGACUUCCAUAAACGAGGAGGAGGAUGGAUGUUAUAAUUGUUGCUGGUGUUGUGGGGAAAUAGUCUCAGUCUCAGACAGUUCUCCAAGCUAUGUAUGUCGCACCUGCAAAGUGUUUCUUCACGAGAGUUGUGGCAGCAAUUUGCCAAGGGAGAUUAAGCACGUUUUCCACCGCAAACACCCUCUUUUUCUUCUACCCACCUGCAUAUCCAAUCAUAAAUAUUUUGACACCUUUUUUUACUGCUGCCACUGUUGCAAAUUCACCCUCGACAUGAAGACUGCUCUCGAACAACCACCUCUGUGCUUACAAGAACCAGAAAAUUACAAACAUCAAUUUAUUCCCCUGAUGAGUUCAGAUUAUUCUGGUCCCUGUGAUGCUUGUGGCAGAGGAUUCGCACAGUUUGGGGUGUUAAAUGGCCCUUUCCUGUGCACCAUUUGUCGUAUCGUUGUUCACGACAAAUGCACCUCACUCCCACACACAAUCAAUAUCUUACAUCAUAAUCACCCCCUCACCCAUACUUUCUUGAUUCUACUUAAAGAAGAAGACAUGCCUUCUGUCGAUCAAAUAAAUUGUCCAAUUUGCCGUUACAAGCUUCGCACGGAUUGUGGAAUUUACUAUUGCGCAGGCUGCCACUUUGCUACCCACGUGAGUUGCGGGAUCGACAAUCAGAUCAUCUCAACAAAGAACCCCAUUGUUCAUGUUCAAGAUGCAAUUGUUGAUCCUUUCAAUAAGAUUAAGCUGACGGAAGACGAGUUGCCGGUAGAUAUUAAGCACUUCAGUCAUGAGCACAUAUUAAGACUCUGUGAUGAAAUAGAGGAUAAAUGUUGUGAUGGCUGCAUCCGACCUAUCUCACAUCCAUUUUACAGGACGAUUAUUCGACAUAUCACGCCAUUUUUUCAUCAUCCAUGGGUCUGAUUUUGAGCACCGCAUUGAUUUAUGUAGUGACUGUCGUUCACUCCCUCUGAUUCCAAAAACAUUUAGUGAUCACAAGUUACAUAAACAUUCUCUCAUCAUAGCCAACCACGAUCUGGGAAAGGAAAUAUGUGGUAUAUGCCAG